AUGUCUGGCAGCGCGGGCUUCGAUCGACACAUCACCAUCUUCUCGGACCAGGGUCGUCUGUACCAAGUCGAAUAUGCCUUCAAGGCCAUCACCGCAGCAAACAUCACAUCCGUUGGCGUGCGAGGAAAGGAUUGCGCGGUCGUCAUCUCGCAGAAGAAGGUCCCUGACAAGCUCAUCGACCCAGCCUCCGUCUCCUAUGUCUACAAACUCUCGCCCUCCGUCGGCUGCGUCAUGACUGGAUCAAUAGCAGAUGCAAGAGCGUCGGUAACGCGCGCGAGAGGAGAAGCAGCCGAGUUCAGGUACAAGUUCGGAUACGAGAUGCCUUGUGACGUACUGGCCAAGCGGUUGGCCAACAUCUCGCAGGUCUACACACAGCGCGCAUACAUGCGACCCCUGGGCGUUGCGACUACACUCAUCUCGCUCGAUGCCGAGUAUGGCCCACAGCUGUACAAGUGCGAUCCUGCGGGCUACUAUGUCGGAUACAAGGCCACUGCUUCGGGUCCAAAGGCGCAGGAAGCGCUAAACUUCCUCGAGAAGAAGCUGAAGAACAAGGACUGCGCAGACGGCAGCUGGGACGAAGUUGUUGAGCUGGCCAUCUCCACAUUAAGCACAGUCCUCAGCGUGGACUUCAAGAAGGGCGAAUUGGAGAUUGGUCUCGUUGGUGGACCUCGGACGGACGGCAAGGAGGGUACCGACCCUACCUUCCGCUCACUCACCGAAGAAGAGGUCGACGAACGACUCCAAUCAAUCGCAGAGAAGGACUAA